UCUCGACAGUGACGCUGCGCUUGCUUCUUUGCUUAAACCAUUGCUUCGAUCUUACUCACUCAACUUUCACCUCAAAUUCGCAGAUCUACUCUCUCGCAACUGUUUAGGUCCGAACACUGAUCUCCAAUUUCCUAGCCAUGGAUCUCGCAUAUCGAAUAUCCAUCUUUCUUCUAUUAUCAACCGCGUUAACGACGAUCAAUGCUUCGAUCCACAUUUACAAAAAUCAACUCUUCAGCGAAGUUGGAAAUGCUUAUCUUCUUUCAGGUGGCAGUGAAGGCCUCGCCGCCUCCCUUUCCUCCGACAACUCCGUUUCCGAUGGCCGCUCUUUCAUUCGAUUUGAGAAUAUCACAUUCUGGAGGACUCAGGCUGCUGCAGAUGGCCAUUCCAACGAGGAACAUAGUUCUGGGUUGAUUCAAGCGGUGAUUUUUGAGGCUGCUGAUAGAAAUAAUAUAGGUGGUUCAGCUUAUGGUGGACAGAGAUCGAUAUGUUGUACCCCUGAUCUUGCUAAGCUGGAAGGGUGCAAGCAAGGUGAAGUCAUUCGGAUACCUUCUGCAACAGAUAGUAAUUGGCCUAUUGUUUUGAGCGUACAUUUUGGUGGGAACUAUUUAUCAACUAGUAUGGACAAAACCGAAGUUCCCAUCAUGAAAAUGGGGAUGUAUAAUUUGCUUUUCAUAGCAUGUGAUCCAAAACUCAAUGGAACAACAAUGAGUGGGAAGACGGUGUGGAAGAACCCUGAUGGUUAUUUACCAGGGAGAAUGGCACCAUUGAUGAAGUUUUAUGUUUACAUGACGAUUGCCUAUUUGUUGCUUAGUGCCAUUUGGUUCUCACAGUAUGUGAGGUUUUGGAAAGAUAUCCUGCUACUUCAGCACUGCAUCACUGCUGUCAUUGGUCUGGGUUUGUUUGAAAUGAUAUUGUGGUAUCUUGACUAUUCUAAUUUUAACAGCUCAGGAAUGAGGCCUGUUGUACUUACAAGUUGGGUCGUGACUGUUGGAGCAAUAAGAAAAACACUUGCUCGACUCCUCAUACUUUCUGUUUCUAUGGGCUAUGGUGUUGUACGCCCAACUUUAGGUGGCCUUACAUCAAAGGUGCUUCUUCUUGGAGCGACUUAUUUUUUGGCAUCUGAAUUGCUGGACAUUACUGAAUAUGUAGGGACCAUUAAUGACGUAUCAGGAAGAGCAAGACUCUUCCUAGUCCUUCCUGAUGCAUUCCUGGAUGCAUUUUUGAUAUUGUGGAUUUUUACAUCUCUUUCGAAAACACUAGAGCAGUUACAGGUAAAAAGAAUAUCAGCAAAGUUGGACCUCUAUAGGAAAUUCUCAAAUGCACUAGCUAUGGCGGUGAUUGCUUCAGUUGGAUGGAUAAGUUUUGAGGUAUACUUCAAAGCAACAGAUCCAUUCAAUGAGAGGUGGCAAAGUGCUUGGAUCAUCACAGCUUUCUGGGACAUUCUUUCAUUUGCACUACUCUGUGUUAUUUGCUACCUUUGGGCUCCAUCUCAGAGCUCUCAAAGAUAUGCAUACUCGGGAGAUGUCGGGGAAGAAUUCGAUGAUGAAGAAGCUCAAUCUCUAACAAGGGGGCAGUCCGAUGGGGAUGUCAGUUUAGUCAAGCAAGAGAGGAAUAAUGGAAAUGCCGGUGUCUCUGAUCAUGAAGACGGCACGGAAGAGGAUAAGAGGGAGUAAAAUACCCCAGUCCAACAUGAUUUUAGUCAUCAACCUUGUUCCGCAUUGUCGAAACCACCUUGACGGGAGGAUAACAUAUAUACUCGGAGCAACGGUUCUUCGAAUCAAAUUGCAAAAGGGAACCAAUCUUGUUGCAGAAGGUUGAUCUUUGUCUAAUUUAGAUUUGUUGUCAGUUUGUCCAUAUUAAUUUUGAUUACAUGAUGUAGGGGAAUAGGCAAUUUCCAUGCCAUUUCUAUGAUGAGAAACCUUACGGUUUUGAUAUGCUUUUGAUGGUUCCACGAAUUGGAUUUAUGUUUU